UGAUGCCUUUGCGAGGUUGUAUGAUAGAAGGAUGCUGCCCUCACCUAGCUCAGCAUUACAAGGAUCUCGCGAGUCAAGACUGCCGCCGUGUGUUUGCUAUUUUGCGCCAGCACAUCUCUCAGACCAUGGUGGUAGAUCAGGGCUCCAUUUGACGCAUGUGGCCUUCAGUCCAAAUGGAGAGGAAGUUCUUCUGAGCUACAGCGGCGAGCAUGUUUAUCUCAUGGACAUGUACAAUAGUAAAGGCAAUACCAUUGUGUAUAGGGCCAGCGAUGUCUCUAAAGCAAAUGCGUUGGACGCUAUGGUUCCUUUGCUGAAUGGUUCAGCAGCUUCACACAACCACCAGGCUUUUAGCUCAGCAGCAGCUGCAGUGCUCUCUGAGCGAAUGACAUCUCAUAUAGCGCGGAAGCGGAGUGGGCCAGCAGCCAAGCUUAUGGAAUGUCUAAAGCUUUUGCGGCCAGAAAGGAUGGAGAACAGGAGCUUGUCGGAGGGAGAGUGGACAGAGGCAAUUUGGCUUUUUACAGAGGUGCUUGCAAACAUGUCACUCAGUGAUGAAAAGGAGAGUGAUAAAUUGCUGAAGCACGACCUGUUAAUUGCUCGAGCCAAUGCACUCAUCAAGCGAAAGUGGCAGAAUGAUUCGCAAAUGGCUGCUCGGGACUGCAAUGAAGCUAGGCGUGGAUUUCCCAGGUCUGCUACAGCUCAUCAUUAUAUGGCAUUGGCACUUGUACAGUCUUGUGCAUGGUAAGUACCACAACUCCAAUCAUGGCCACUAGUAAAAUAAGGCUUGAAAC